AUGGCCGACCUAGCAGCACUACAGAAGGUGGUUGAGAGAUAUGAGAAAUAUUGGCCCCGAAAGAUCAUGAUGCUCUUCGGAGCUCCUGGCUGUGGGAAGGGCACCCAGGGCCCUAAGAUCGUGGAGACGCUGGGCAUUCCACAGCUUAGCACUGGGGACAUGCUUCGAGAAGCCGUCGCAGCGGGCACAGAGGUGGGAUUGAAGGCCAAGGAGGUCAUGGCUUCAGGUGGUUUGGUCUCAGACGAGAUUGUCAUUGGCAUCAUUGCUGACCGCAUCAAGCAGCCUGACUGCGUGACAGGCUUUAUUUUAGAUGGCUUCCCUCGAACCUUGGAACAGGCAAAGGCCCUGGAUGCCCUGCUGGCCAAGAGCGGAGAGGCAGUGUCUUUGAUCCUGGAGUUCGGCGUGGACCCGGCAAUCCUGGAAGAACGGAUCUGUGGGCGAUGGAUGCACAAGGCGAGUGGCCGCUCUUAUCAUGUGAAGUUCAGCCCACCUAAGUCAAUGCAGCUGGCCGAUGGCAAGCCGGUCCCUGACAGCAUGAAGGACGACGAAACGGGUGAGGCCUUGUACCAGCGAGCUGAUGACACAGCAGAGGCUUUGGUGGCAAGUUUGGAGGGUUAUCAUACCCAGACCGUGCCCAUUUUGGAUCACUACCAAGAUAAGGGCAUCGUGAAGAAGAUUGAUGCUGGUAAAGAGAUCAAUGAUGUUUGGGCAGAGGAGCUCCUCCGGUGCCAUGGCCAUGUGCCGCCGGGCGAGUCCCGCUGGAUGAACCGUGCUGUAGCCUGGCAGCGCAGGGAAGCGGAGCUGGCGGGAUUGGUGGCCUGGGAGAGUGAAGGGGUGGCGGUCACGUGCUCCGUGACGAUCCUGCGAGCGCCCAUUUUCUUCGCUCGACUUUGGGGUUGGGUCCGUCAUCGCCUGACACCUACCAUGCGCCGGGCUGAGUCCGGGACAGGGGAGCGGAAGGUCCGGAUCUUGGGCGAGGACUUUGAGCAAGGCCUCCGUGAACACAGCGGCCUGGAACGCAAGGCCUUGCCAUCCUUCUUGGGAGGUGAACCCCGAGCCCACCAGGUGGACCAGCACUCUGCGGAGAAGUGUGUGGUGCCCUCUGCGAUCCUCCAGGAGAGGCUUUCCUGCGACGAGUGCAGGCGUUUUGGACUUAGUUUCGGCCCGAUGUCAUUCAAUGAGGAGCUUUUUGACCGCCUGGACACAUGGCUGCUAAAGGCGGCGGAUGCGGUCAAGCCGCAAUUUCCACACGUUUUUGAAUUCCAUGAGCCGGGCACUUCGUCGGCGCUGGACAUGGUGACAGAGCUUCCGCAAUUCCAGAAGACGGCCAGCAACAGCGACGCAGACUCCAACAUAAUGGCGCCCAUGAGCCCAGGAAGUCAGGUUGACGAAGCCCUGCGCAUCGAAUCCACGCGCAUGCAAGAACAGAGACCAUCGGCUCAUCUCACACGGCUGGGCCGGCUUUUGCAACGAGGAUGUCGGGCAGCUGCAGUGGCCAUCACAAAUGCCCCGGUCUUCAAUGUGAUCGUUGCCCUUGUCAUUGUCUCCAACUCCGUCUUCCUUGGGAUCCAGCUGCAAGUGGGCGCAACGCAGGAUUCACGGGAGGGGCCGGCAGCAGAGCAUGGGGAUGCGGUUGUCUUUCUCGUGGGGCAUAUGAUUUAUGCCGUGCUGUUCACAGCCGAGAUGCUUCUACGGCUCUUUGCGACUGGGGUCAGGACCUACUUGAUCGGCAAGGAAUGGUAUUGGAAUUGGCUAGAUUUAUUGGUGGUGAUUCCAGCCUGGAUUGAACUGAUGGCUGACCUCAUGCAGACCGGGGGAGGUGUUUCGUCGGGAGCCAGCAACCUUCGCAUUCUGCGUGUCUUGAGGAUCACGCGGAUGUUGCAAGUGAUCCGGUCCGUGCGCUUGAUUCGAGUCAUCCACGCCUUCCGAGAGCUGAUCUUCUCCAUCUUAGACACCACCCGGCAGCUGGUGUGGGCCAUGAUUUUGUUGGUGUUGAUCAUCUACAGCUUCUCCAUACUCUUCACCGGUGCAGUGUUGCAGAACGAGCACACCUUUAAAGAAGUGCCGCUGGGAGAGUUGAAAUGGGAAGAAGCCCUCUUCUUCUUUGGUGGAAUUUUCGACUCCUACAACACGACCUGUUUAGCUGGCUUUGAUUGGGUGGAAGCGGCUGAUGCUUUGAAACCCUUGGGUGAUUUUUGGGUGCAGCUCUUCCACCUGUAUGUGGCUUUUUGUAGCUUCGCCGUGCUCAAUGUGAUCACCGGUGUUUUUGUGAACAGUGCCAUCAAGACGCGGGAGAAGGACCAUGAGACGGUCAUGCUCCACGUCCAAAAGUUCAAAGACCUGGCGUCCAAUGUUUGGCAGAAGAUGGACACUCGAGGCGACGGCAAGAUUACCAUUACCGAGUUUGAGCAAAUGUUCGAUGACCCUGACAUGCAGGCCUUCUUUGAGUCCAUUGAGAUCAACGCAGUGGAUGCGUGGACUCUUUUUGACUCUUUGGAUAUGGAUGGCGACCACCUCAUCAGCUACGAGGACGGACUGGAGUUUGUCCAGAGGUGCACCCAACUUCACGGUAAUGCCCGAUCAGUGGAUCUCUUCGCGCUGAAGCAGCUGAAUGGCAAGGCGAGUGGGUUCUACGUGUGUUUGCUCGUGCCACUUUAUGCCUCAGAAACCUCUGAAAUUGGCAACUGA